GGAGGAGGAGGAAGAGGAGGAGCGGAGUCAGAGCGCGGCGGCGGCGGCGGCAGCGGCAGCGGCAGAGGCAGAGGCGGCCGCGGCGGGGACCAGCCCAGAGAGACCCCGAGCCCGCGGCGCAGGCGGCGGCGGCGGCAGAGCGGGCGCGACCAGCGGAGAGAGCGAUCGAGCGAGAGGCGGCUCGGCUCCUCCUCGUCCGGCGCCCAGCGGCCCGCGCCCGCACUCGGCCCGCGGAGACCCGCCUCCCCCGCCGGCCUCGAGAGGGACGCGCCGAGCCGGCGGCCGCGGAGCCGCGGCGGAAAGUGCCUGCGGGGGCGGGGAGGGCGCGCGGUCCGGCCGCCCGGCGCGGGAGCGAAGCGGAGCGGGACGCCGAGUCCCGAGCGGCCGGCGGCCGGGGCUCCCCGCCCCUCCCUCCUCUCCGGCGGCGGCGGCGGCGGCUGGCGGAGUGAGCUGCGGAGCCUGGAAUAUGGUCGGGGAAAUGGAAACGAAGGAGAAGCCGAAGCCCACCCCAGAUUACCUGAUGCAGCUGAUGAACGACAAGAAGCUCAUGAGCAGCCUGCCCAACUUCUGCGGGAUCUUCAACCAUCUCGAGCGGCUGCUGGACGAAGAAAUUAGCAGAGUACGGAAAGACAUGUACAAUGACACGUUGAACGGCAGCACAGAGAAAAGGAGCGCGGAGCUGCCUGACGCGGUGGGGCCUGUCGUUCAGUUGCAAGAGAAACUUUAUGUGCCUGUAAAAGAAUACCCAGAUUUUAAUUUUGUUGGGAGAAUCCUUGGACCUAGAGGACUUACAGCGAAACAGCUUGAAGCAGAAACGGGAUGUAAAAUAAUGGUCCGAGGCAAAGGCUCGAUGAGGGAUAAAAAGAAGGAGGAACAAAAUAGAGGCAAGCCGAACUGGGAGCAUCUCAAUGAAGAUCUACACGUGCUGAUCACUGUGGAAGACGCUCAAAACAGAGCAGAGAUCAAACUGAAGAGAGCCGUGGAGGAAGUGAAGAAGUUGCUGGUGCCUGCGGCGGAGGGAGAAGACAGCCUGAAGAAGAUGCAGCUGAUGGAGCUGGCGAUCCUGAACGGCACCUACAGAGAUGCCAACAUCAAAUCACCGGCCCUUGCCUUUUCUCUUGCAGCGACGGCCCAGGCCGCCCCCAGGAUUAUUACCGGGCCUGCGCCUGUUCUCCCCCCGGCUGCCCUGCGCACCCCGACGCCGGCCGGCCCCACCAUAAUGCCUUUGAUCAGACAGAUACAGACCGCGGUCAUGCCAAACGGAACUCCUCACCCCACGGCUGCAAUAGUUCCUCCCGGGCCCGAAGCUGGUUUAAUCUACACCCCCUAUGAAUACCCCUACACGUUGGCACCAGCUACGUCAAUCCUUGAGUAUCCCAUUGAACCUAGUGGUGUAUUAGGUGCGGUGGCUACUAAAGUUCGAAGGCACGAUAUGCGCGUCCAUCCUUACCAAAGGAUUGUGACCGCAGACCGAGCCGCCACCGGCAACUAACCUAUGACCUUCUGACCUCUGAACUCUUCACCCAAUGAUGACCUGACCAUGCCUGCCUGCUGAUCAGUUAACUGGUAAUCGCCUUUGCUUGCCUGUCGUCAGUGCAGCGAGCUGAGGCACUUGUCCGUUCGUCUUACCAUCUAACCAAACAAAAGACAAAGAAAUUGGUGUCCUCCAACUCAGCUUUUGUUUUGUUUUGUUCUGUUUUUCCUGUUUGGGUGAAAAUGGUUCUAGAACCUGCACUGAAUAGUAGUAAAGCAAUAAGGCCCAACCCAUGCCACAGCACUGAUCACCUUUCAAUGUCCCGCCCCAAGCGAACGGUAAGAAGGCCUCACUGCAGGAGGGGAGACAGGUGGCCCUGGACUGCUCGGGGACAGGCAGUUACUGUGAGAGACUUCCUAGGGACCCUCCCUCCUCAUGGCGAGUCCAGGCUCUGAAUGUACUGUGCGGUGAUGCAUCAUGCAUGAACCUUUGGUCAGGGAUGUCGCUGGUGAAGGGGUUUCAAAAGUAUUCAGAAUUUGAUGCGCUGUCCCGUCACCGCGGCGCCCUCGCAGGGUGGCCGUGGCGGCCUUUUCGGUGUUGCCUGCCAACAUUUGAAGUAUCGGAAGUGUGUGCCAUGAGAGAAAAGCUUAAGGAAUUUCGAAAAGUAGUACAAAGAACAAAACUGCAACACUAUUUUUAAAAAGAUAAAUAUCUGAGUUAAAAUUACUAAACCUUUAUUUUACAGCUCCUUAAAAAUAUACGAGAACAAGGUACAUGCAUUAUGUGUCACAUUACUGGGCAAACUGUUCAAAUAUUUUUUUUAAACCUCCCUGUAUAGAAAAAAUCAUUAAGGAUGUAAAAGCCAUGCUUGCCUCUUUGCUGUAUACAUGUAAUGAAAUUGUAGAUAAAGUGUAGUGCAUUGAAACAAUGAACAAAAAGUAGAUACUUUUACUAUACAAGGGUGCUGGUGCAGAAAAAAUAUAUAUAUUUUUGGAAAUGUAGCAUUUUAUACUUUCAAGUGUUAUAAAAAAAAAGAAAAAGAACAAAGAAACCCUUUAUUUCAUUAAAUGAUUUUUUCUGGUGGUUGUCAAGAAACAAAAGACCAAAAGAGCCUUUUUGUCUUUCUUUUUUAUUUUUUAAGUAUUGGAAUAAGUCUAAAGAAAAGGAAGUGCCUUAUUUUUCUUCAUGGUCAUUCAGUCAAGUGUCUCGUAAGAUCAGCUCCUCCCUCAGAAUACAAGUUACUGCAUGUUACUCGGCCGCCCAGUAUGUGAGAGCAAAUAGGAGGGAGAGAAAUGAGUUGGUUUGAAUUAUAUAUUUUUUUGCCACGUUACCUUGAUACAAAUUUGCCAAAUCUGAUACUGUGAAAAAAUUUGAUAAUUUUUCUAUUGCCUGACACAUGUUUUAAAACAUCAUUCUUUUAAAAUCGUAAUUGAUUGCUUUUGAUUAUUGCAAUAUUUAAUGUUACCCCAAAGGACUCUGAGAUAAAAAUUAUGUGUGAUUUGAACAUCAGUUUACAGACAAAAUUAGAGCUUUAUUUUAUUCAGAUACUAGGGUGUAUGUUGAAUAUCUUAUUAUUUGAACAUUAAUAUUAUACUUAGCAAACGUCUUCACAAAAAGUAGUCUUCUUGAUUUCAUUCUGGAAAACAGUGUUGUUGAAACGGCCCGGACUUUGAUUUAAUCAGACUUCUUCCUGCCUACCAGGUCACGUGGGUGGUCCACCCCCCUUGCUAAUUUUACUUACGUAGGCUGCCCCCCCCCGCCCCCACACACAUUUUUUUAAAACUUUAAAAGAAUGUGAAAAACUAGCUUCGGUGUGCAUGUAAAUACUCAACUACACAUGAGUUGAAGCUUCAGUCUCUCACGAAGCUCAGUUAGCUGUAGUUGAAGUGAUGUGUGCACAGAGCCUGCGUCUCUCUAAACACUUAGUGAUCAUCGGCUGCUCAGUACCAGACGUGGCAAAUAUCAAGGGCAGUGGGUCCCCAGCUCCUCAGCUCGUUCCCUCGAACAUACCUGCACAGUCAGACGUGAGCAGUGAGCUCAGCUCAGCAAGCACCUUCGCGGGGACCUCCUCCGUCACCGGUCUCGCUCGGAAACGUUUUCAGUUCAUUUACUAUGCAAUAGACAUGCGUUGUUUUGUAGCAGCCAGCUUUGGUUUAACGUGCCGCUGCUUUGUCUUUCUGUUACACAUACAGCCGUUUUGAUUUAUUUACAAUAUAUGCUGUGCCAUUUUGAUUUUUUUUUUUUUUUGUUUGGUUGAUUGAAUAAAUUUGCGACACUCAAACACUUGAGGUGAUAGUAGUUUAAAAACAAUACCAGUAUUUGAUCCAGUUUCAUCUCAACUGUGUUAUACCUGGACAUUUUAGAUAUUUAUCCAAGGUCUUUUAUGGGGAAGAAAGUAAAUGUAUGAAACAGAGGCGUGACACUUACGAGUGAUGUUGGUUGGCUCUGAGCAAACUUUUGAAAACUUAGUUGAAACAAUUUUGGAUCAACUGAAAAUAAGCAUGACUUUUGAAAUCUCUGAAUGCCUUGGUUCUCAGUAUUAUCAUUCUUUAUUGAAUUUAUUUCUUAUUAAAAUAUGUAGUUUUUAAGACUUUUUUUGACAGUAUUAUGUAAUUUUCUAGCGUGGGUAGAUGGGAGUGUCGCUUGUAUGUUACCGUACAGCUGACAUGUAUUUUGUCUAUUCUUUAUUAUCUUAGUAGUUUCAUGCUAUGUAUGUACCAUAACCAACCUAUUGCCUAUGAGAAACAUGUAAGAUAAUGUAUUUACAGCCAUUGUUACAAGUUUAUAAUGUAUUUUUCUAUCUUGUUUUAUAUGUAUGUUAUAUAACAUUCAAAAAGAAUUUUUUUCUUGAUUGAGAAAAGGAUACAAAAUGCAAAAUCCACAAUUUUGAUAACUGAAAAUUGCCAAUUGUUUUGCAGUACUUUAUUAUAUUGGGUGUCUUGUCUUUCUUGGGCUUUUUAGUUAGCUAAUGAAUGAAUACAUUAGAUAUUUUUGGGUUUUAGUUGGGAUUUUACAUAGCUUGCAUUUUAAUUCUUUGGUUCUUUGCUGUUUCUAUUAACCCAUGGCAUUAUUUUAAUAAAUGUUAUAAUACCAACCUACUAACUCUGGACUAUGUCUGUUUAUUAACCUUUACGUGUUUAAUUAAAACAAACAGAGAAAGACAAAAGAAUGUAAAGUCUUCAGUUACUGGACUAACCCUGAGGAACGUGACCACAGAUAACAUAGCGUGACUUGUUUUUAUGUUGUGUGUCAGCUGACAGUGCCCACACUACUGUGACAGUGGCUUUGUUUAUUCUGUCACUUUGAGGGGGGAGGUGCCUGUAGAGAUGGGAACAAAGUAGCUGUGGUGUGAGGGGUCUCCUUCUAGUCUUGCCACUUGCCUUUCAACCUCUGCGUUACUAAUUCCACACUUUCUUAUUUUUCCUUCUCCAAAAUAAUCCCUGUCCGCUCACAGCAUUAAGAGUGAAGAGAUUCAUUGUCAUGAUGCACCCCAAGACCCAGGUUGAUUCUUUGUUGAACCAUUUCUUUUCAUUUCGGUAAGUUAGGUAACGUUAGAGGCGUUACGUGGUAAAGCAAAGAGUCAGCUGAUUUCUUUUGUCGUUUUAAUCGGACAGCCUCCCUUCAUAAACUGGCAGCCUGCUUCAGCCUGCUGCUCCUGUUGGGGGCGCAGCGCAGGUCAAGGCAGGGGGCUCUGACUCUCAGAGCCGCGCAGAGUCAGUCUCAAGGACCGCCCCGCAGCCCCCAGCCGGCCGCAGGCGGCGGCGAGCGGCGCUCAGGCGUGCCCUCCCCUGCGGCGCAGGCAGCGUGCAAGUCAAUUGGAGAUUUAUUAAAUAUUGUCAUGCUUUUCUUGGCUGCAGCCUAGGUAAAGUGGCCCCUGCUUAGGAAUUCUUUAGUUUAAUUCUUGAAGUGCAUUUUUUUAUUUCACAGGUAUUGCCAAUUUCCUUUUCUGAGAAACAGAUCUGGGUAAUAAAAAAUUCUUAGGAUGAAUUUUUGCAUGCAUAAACACUGGCUUAUUUUUAUAAAUUACAUUGUAUUUAUUUUAAAGUCUAAAUUUGGGGGCUUAAAGGAGUCACAUGUUACAGAAGACAAAACUAUACCAAUGUGCUUUAAACUAAUCAGACUGUCAGAGUAUUCUCAUUUUAUAUUUAUUCCCAUGAUAUGUAUGCAUAUAUGUAAGACACAGGAUAGUGAUAAGAACCGAUUUAAUCAUAACUGAGAUGGUCAUUUGGGUUAGAUGAGUGCAGUGGUCCCUCUGAUUGGGGGGCGGGCUGUUACUGCUAGGUAGCCAGGGCUUUAACCUGCGACUGAGAGCUGUUGUCGCCGUGCAGUUCCCAUGUUAAUAGGAAUUUGCAGGUGUCUGCCAAGCUGCUAAUACACAAGGGGUCCGGGUCCCACGCCACUGAAACUGAUGGAUUUCUAUGCAGUUUACUGCACAUUCUCUGAAGUCUAUGAAUGCAGGCUCAUCUCACUCUCACGUAAGGUACUGUGUGUAUAACCACAUCAUAUCAUCACCUGUUACAUUGGAAAGGUUGCACAAAGCUGAUUUUAAAAGGUGAAAAAAAGCAUUACAAAUUUCACUUUUAUCCAGGCUGUAAUAACAUUAAACAUGAAACUACUGAACUCUUAGAAUGAAAAAAUGCGAAUCAGUUUAUUGUUUUUUUACUAUUUGAUGGAACAAUUGAAACUUAAAGCUUUCAGUUGUCAAGAAGCUGGUGAAAUGAAUGUACCCAGUAGGUAAGCAUUUUUUCUUAGGCAAAAACGUCAGGAUAAAUGUAGCCAGAGAGCAGAUACGCGCAUGCCCAGUGCAGUUGCUUGCGUAGGCUGAGCCCGCUCGGCCGGCCGCUGGGGGGUGGGUGCGCCUGAAGCCCCCAGCCUGCCCUGAAGCCGCGCUGUGCGUGUGUGCGCACAGAGCUGGGAGGGGUCAGGCUUCUGAGGAAGCGCUCUGCAGUUCCUAGGGCACCGUAAUGGGUUUCAGUGAAAAGGCUCAUUACCACAUCAAGAACCGUCUUCACUAGCAGAGCUUACAGCUUUACAGGAGAGUCUACACUUUCUCCAGGUUUCUUCUGGGGUGGGGGCGGGUGUUGCUUGUGUGUGCUAUCCGUCUGUAUUCCUUGAUAACAAUUAGAGUAUUUACAGCAAGUGAAUUUUUAGUAAAAUGGAAAGGUUUUGCUAAAUUAGCUAUAAUAGCGAAAAAACUAAGAAAGCUUUGGAUUUACAAACUUUCUAAGUAGUUCAAAAGGUAAUUUUUUUAACGUAGUCAAGUUUCUUAAUACCUUUAUUUAAAAUGGAAAAGUAAUUGAUUUUAUUUAGAACAGUCAGAAUAUACUCGUAAUAUUUGUGGUUUCUUUAAUAUGAAAUGUAAAUCAGAAUGCUUUUGUUAUGAAUACCUGGUCCUCAAUGUUGAAUCAAACUGGUUCGCCCAAGCCUCGCGCGCUCCUUGCUGUGUUUCUGCUGCACUCACCGCGAGGGCUGGGAGAGGCAGCAGCGCGGGCGGCCGAGCUGGCUCCCCGCAGACGGGAUGGGGAGUACAGCCAGCAGCGACAUUGAUUUUGCGUUGCUCACAACUGUGCUGCUCUCCUUUCUUACCAAAAGGCGCCACCGCAUUGUGGAGAAAAGCUCAGCUUCCAGGAUAAAAAAGUUAAUUUGUCUUUUUUAACAUGCUAUUAUUGAAGUUUUGAUUACCAAAUACAUCUUUUUGUGGUUUGUAUUGUAGUGGUGUGUGUAAGACAUGUAGAAUUGUACUUGUGGAAAUUGUACAUAUGGAGAAAAGUUGAAAGAGGGUCUUCCCCAUGAUGUGGGUGGAGAACCAGGUCUGCCUGUACAUGAACGAGUGCAAUAAACCAACUGGAAAAUGUGCCUCCUCCAGCCGCUUGAGCUGGAUGCUGCCUGUGCCCCGCCCUCCAAAAGCUUGUGUGUAAAUAAAAAACGUACAUUGUCGAUUUCUAAUUUUUAUUGAUGCUUUUACUACUUAAAGU